CGAUUCAAUAACAGAUUGUUUCUUAUCUUGAUCUUGUGUCAAUGUCUUACGCGAUAUUGUUCCUCAUCGUCGGUGAAUGUAUGGACUUGCCGCCAGAUGGCAGCAGCUUUCGCGCACAGCCGAAACAUCAUUUUCAGCGAGUCCAUCCAGUCGAUGGCAUAGUGUCAGUAAUACAUCUCACACGUAGUUUCUGUCUGGAAAGACGGCAUGUGGUGUCGAGGCAUUUUAAGGACACGCACUAUUUUCAACAAGACGGAUGUUUUCACAUCCUCGCCGUAUUUGACAAGUAACUGUCUCAAUGCUGUUGAAACUCUCAGUGCGACGGCUACACAAUUCAAUGUUGUUCCGUUGAGACACGCGGUGCAACGUUCAAUCGCUUCGAACGCAUGUGAAAGUACAAUCGGUGGCAUUAUCGAUCAAUGGAGUCAUCGAUUCGAGACGGAAGGCAUACCGGAACCGGUAGAGUCGAUAGAGCACAUAGUAGCGCACAUCGUAGGAACCAAGAAGACGUUAGAUAUCUUAAACAUGAGAAACGACAGAUUUAGCGCGAACCAGAUCGAGAAAUUGGAAUCGUUGUGCGAAUGCCGAUUGUCGAGGAUGCCGGUGCAGUACAUCAUCGGUGAAUGGGAUUUCCGGGACAUCACCGUGAAACUGGUGCCGCCGAUUUUUAUACCUCGUCCGGAGACAGAGAUAUUGGUGGAUUUCGUCUUGAAGAGACUGAACUCGUCGCAAACCGAGAGCUGUGAGAUUUUAGAGGUCGGUUGCGGCUCGGGCGCUAUAUCUUUAGCGCUUGCUCACACUUGUAAGAAGAUAAAGUGCACAGCGAUCGAUGCUAGUCCGCACGCCUGCGACUUGACGAUGACAAAUCGGGACAAACUGAACUUGACGGAUCAAAUCGCAGUGAUUCACGCGACCUUGAAGCCGGACGCCACGAUUGAAGUUACGAGCACCUUGAAUGGUGCCGAUAGUGUGAAUUUGAAUUCGAAGCGAUUCGACUUCGUGGUCAGUAAUCCACCGUAUGUGCCGACGAAGAAAAUCUCGGAUCUGGAGCCUGAGAUAAAAAUUUAUGAAGAUCUCAGAGCGUUGGAUGGUGGCGAUGAUGGAUUGAAGAUCAUCAAGCCACUCUUAAAAUAUGCCGCUAAGAUAUUGAAACCUGGCGGACGUCUCUUUUUGGAAGUCGAUCCCGCUCAUCCCGAAUAUAUAAAAUUUUUCACAAAUAAAUAUUCCGACUUGAAGCUGCGUCACGAACAUACGUACAAAGAUUUCUGUAAUAACGAUCGUUUCGUGGAAGUAUUAAAAGUCAACUAAAGAAGAAGUCAUUGAUGAUAUAUGAUCUUUGCGUUUGUUGGCUAGUGAAAAGUUUUAUACGAUUAUUUUGUAAGAUAGGUAGUUUAAUAAACAAAGAAGUCGUGAUA